GUCAAGGGUUGACAGUUGAAAAAGUAAACAUGUCAGAAUUUUUUUGGAGAAAAUGAGAAUUUAUUUUAUAGAAUAGUUAUUUGUGCAGUGCCACCAUGUCCAACGUUGACUUCGAAAACGCAAUUACCGUUUUACAACAACCCGGAAGCUCGAAAAAGGCUCUGAAAGCCCUAAUUUGUAUUCGAAGCGAGGUCGAUUGGCCGAGGAACAAAGCCAACGUUGUCAGACUUCGAGAGAGAGGAUGUCUCAAACAAAUCACUGGUAUUCUUUUAAACAGCAAGCACAAACAUCACAUAGAUUUAGCUCUAAGUAUUCUUGGAAACUGUUUAAUGGAUAGAAUUUGUACUAGCGAAGUGGUCACCCAGUACAAUAUUAUGUCUAUACUGAACCAACUGCUAAAAAAACACCCAAAAGAAGAUAGUAUUAAUGGGAGAGUAUUUAGAAUAAUAGGUAAUAUGUGCCAGCACCGUGAUCAGUGGUCUUCAGUUCUCAUAGAUAAAAAACCCUACAUUAUAACUCAUUUAGUUGAAAUAAUUAAAAGCGCAUCUAAAGACGUUGCUGAUGGUGAAUUGAAAAUUACUGAUGCUACUAUAAUGACCAGUUUAAGGGCAUUAAGGGAAUUGGUGAAUGGCAAUACAGUAGAUGCAUUGGUAAAACAGUUUGGAGCUUUAAAAGCAAUAGGUGCCCUUUUUAUCAAGUACAGUUUAAUAUGGCAAGAAAACAAAGAACAAGAAAAAAUGCUCAUUGAUAUUGUCAGGGUUAUUCAGGAAUAUUCCAAGUUUCAGUUGUACCACUCAAUCAUAGAGAUGCGCAACACAGAAAGAGGUGAUUCAUUGGUACACUUAGCAAAUGUCCUUAUGUUAGCUCCAAGGAGGAUUGUAAAAAUAGUUAUGAAUUUUAUAAAAAGUUGUCAGCUACAAUCAGAAAUACCCAUUCCUGAAAUUUGUGCCAAAUUUAUUGAUGUCUUAGAGAAGCAUUCAAUUGUAGAUGAGUUGCAUGGUCAUUAUAGUGAAUACUUACAAUGUCUGUGUUAUCUCUUGGACCACCCUGCUAACAGAAACCAAGAACGAUGUGGCAAAGCUGUUCCUUUACUAAUUAAAGUAUUAAAAGAUUUUCAACAAGCUUCUGACAAAGUGGUACAAAAUUGUAUACUUCUUUUUAAUACUUUAAACAAAUUUAAAUAUGAGGAUUCUUUAAUGUUAGAGCAGUUAAAACAUGGGAUUGUUGAGGUUAUUGUUGAGAAACUUACAUGGGUAGUAGGUUCUCCUGAAGUUCUGAAUUUAAAACAUGCUACUGAAAAGAAGAGAAAGUACACAUUUGGACCAUGCUGCAAUAAUCAAGAGCCAAAUAAAAGGUCAUUACUUCAUGAUAAUAACAUUCAAACAAGUGUUGGUAGGCCUAGUAGCCCUAAUUCGAGUGAUGAUGAUUUGAAUAGUUUCGUCGUGAGUUUGACUGCAAGGAGUCCCAGUCCAAUGUCCAGUUCCGAUAGUGAAAGCGCUAAUAUGUCCUGGAGUGACGCUGGUUCUAGUCCUCAAAGAAAUGUGAGCAGUGGACAUGAUUCGGAUUCUGAUUAUUCUCCAGUAUGCAGUGAGGUAGAUGAAGCCGAAUUUCCUCUUGAAGAUAUUACUCAAGGGAGUUAUAACUCAGACCCAUUGCCGUCGAUUGCAGAUGUUGAUGAGGAAGAAGAACGGAUUGCUGAGGCUGAACCGCAUACAGUUAUCCUAUCUUCUCUAAAACGCACCUUAGGAAAGGAAAUUUUGAAACUAUUGAAAUCUUAUGCAAAAUUAGGGCCACAGCUGCAACUAGCCAAUGAAGACCUACUGAUGCAACUUACGAAGUGUGCUAUUUCCGAAGACUUUAACUAUUCUAACAUUAUUACGCAUAUUAUAAACUCUCACUAUUACAUCAUACCAAUAAUGAAAACAAACUAUAUCCAAAGUUUGUUCGCGAUGAGACAGUACCCUCAAGAUCACGAUACAUGCUUUACGUGCAACCUUCACCAGCGCGUUUCCUACAAUAUUUUAACGACGUUUGUUGAUAUAGCUGAGACUGGAGCGGGAAAGGGCGAUAUUGCACAUCAGUUGGUGAAGGGUGAUACAGAAACUAAAGAGAUGUUAGUGUGGGCCAUUCCAUAUCUGAUUAGAGAAGGAGCAACGAUCCGAUUCUUAAUGCUGCAAUGCGGCGGCCUAAAAUUGCUAGUCAAUCUACUACAAAAAGACAAUGCGGAACAUCAAAGAAAAAGUCUCUUUGGCCUAUCUCUAAUGGCUUCCAACUGCCUAAUACCAAAUCCUACAAAAACAAGUACAAAUUGUAAUAAACUAAAUAUUACCGCAAAGACAUACGAGGUGCCCAGCGGUACUGAUCAGGUGGUAACUUUCCUGUUUGAUAACGGGGAGUUGGUCGAUGCCGAUAGAGAUUAUUUGAUGGAGAAAUCUGACUUUUUUAAAGUUUUAUUGAGUGGGCAUUUUAAGGAAAGUGGCCAAAAUCAAGUGACAUUAGCGUGUGCCAAGGCCGACAGUUUUAGAUGCAUGUUGGUCUUAUUGGAGGUGGAUAAAAAAGUUAUUGUGGGCAGUGCUAUUGACUUGGAAUUGGAGACUUUGCUAGAUGUUAUUUUAUUAUGUGAUAGGUAUUUACUCGAUGAACUCUGUGUUUCACUGACCGAAUGUGUCGAAAAGUUCCACAUUGAAGUUGACACAGUACCGACAAUUUACAAAUGGAGCAUAGAGUCUGGAACAAAUCUACUCCGUGGAGAAGCAGUGUGCUACGCCUUAGUAGCGCCAGUAAACGAACGAGAAAAAUACAAAAUGUUUAAGACCCUGUUCAAACUCGACUACAGGGAACAAUUGGCUGGAGAUAUCGAGAAAAUAUUUGAAAGAUGUUUGUCCAUGAGCUUUUAUAAACAACGUGGGAUGGACAUAAAAAAGAAACAUGUAAAAAUGAGAGACAGACUGUUAAAGAAAUAUGUUUAGAUUUAUUGUAAUAUAAUUGUAUAUUUGUGUAAAUAUUUAUGGACACUUAUCAUAGUAUUCUUAAACGUAAAUAAAUUUUUUCCUAUUAAUAUUGUUAUCAAAAUAUUUAUUUACUUUUUUUUCACAUCAGUCGUCUAAGUGCUGAGGGGCUUAGCAUUUAUGUUUGUCCUAUAGGACAUCGUGCCCGCUAGUAAAUAAAUUAUGUUAAAUAUCAAAAUAUUGUAUUAUGUAUUUUAAUAUACGAAUAAUUAAAUUUGUUAACAUUGAAA